AUGGGUGCGGCGGUUCAAGCAGCAGACUUCGCAAGAAGGAAGAGCGAAGGUUCCUGUUUCCCUUAGAGAGAUUCUCCUUGCCCUCUCUUUCCAAUCCCCGCUUUGGUUUGUUGCUGGUUUUAACUGAGAUGGCUGCGUGAUAAAUACCCAGGUCCCUCGCUGCCUGGACACUGGAGCAUGGAGGGGGAUUUUUCUACUGAGAGAAGAAGGGCCAUGAAGAAUAUAAAACAAUGCAUCAGGAAUAUUCCUAGGCUUAAGCAGCCCCCCGAGAGCCCUGAAGACACCCACAGUGCUUCCAUCAAAGGGCCAUCCUGGGUUCCGGUUCGGCUUUCAGGGGAUACAAGCAGGGGCAUUUCUGUUCUGGAGUCCAAGGUGAAAGCUUUGAAAGAGAAGAAGGGUGCCCUUAACAAGCAGGGUGAACCGGUGCCCCAGGAACGGGCUUCUCCAAAGAAGGCCAAGACCCGUCGAGGGAAGCCACCGACAGAGCCUGCCCUUCAGGACGUGUUGGUGGAACCACAGGUUCAAAUCCGCACCUACUUGACAGAUGUGCUGCUGGACAGCGCUAACUACCCGCAUCUUGGGCAGGAGGAAGUUCAGGAGGGGAUACUUUCGAAUUCUUAUGCCAAUGAAGUUGCAGCUCCGAAGGAGCCAAGGGUUGCAGGAGCAGCUACAGGCGUUGGCUGGAGUUCACCCAAGGAGUUCCAGCGACUGCCUGGAAAGAACGUUCUUGAAAACAAGUUCUCUUCAGGAAACAUGGUGAGAAAGAUAUCCCAAAAUGGACUGUGUGGAGCUGGUUCCUCAAAGGAGCUUCCCUUUGAUCGGGAACCUUUUGAGGAAGCAAAUGGUAAAGAAGACCACCAAUUUCAGGCUACGGAUUUUGGAAGCAGUUCUUUUCCUCAUGGAGACGACGGCUGUGGUGUAGCAACAACUGGACGGCUUUGGAGAGCCGAGAGCUGGGACAGUCUCGGCAGUGGCGGAAGUAACGCAAGCAGCCUGUCACUGGCUGAAAGAGUGGAGAGGAACCGGGCAAUCCUGCAGGAGAUGCUGAGUGGGUCAGCGCAGAACGGCCCUCAUCCUUCCCAGGAAGGGCAUACCUUGCAUUGGCACAAGAAGGAGACCCCAGGCAUUGGGAACGAGAGGCCCAGUAAUGAGAUCCGGGCGAAUGACGUAGACUGGGACUCUGGUGUGUCCUUGCAGGACUUGGAAGGCUUCCGGGCCUUUGUCCCCAACCAGGAGCUGGAGCUGAGCCCCAGGCAUGAGCAGGCCAAGCAAUUGCUGCAGAGAGCUCGCAUGAAGGCCCGGACGAACCCCCUGCGAGCCAGCCAUAGCAUCUUGCCCACUGCGCCCCAGGAAAGGAGGGAUGCCUGUGGGUUUGCAGUUGUGGAUGCAAGGAACUUUGCCUUGAAGGAUGGAGACCCCCUCGCUAGCGGCAACCUAAGCGAUUCAUCUAGCGGGGAGUCCAGCUGCAGUCAGCAGGGGAAACGGGGGCCAUCGCCGUCCCGAGUCCGCUUCGAGGACGAAUCCGUGCGGGACGCCGAGGUUCGCUACUUGGAACGCCUGCAGCAGCGUCAGAAGCGGGUCUUAGACUCGGUCCUCUUAUCUCUUGGGCAGGGCCCGCUGGCUUCCAAACCAGACCUCUCCGAUUAUAUCAAUGGCGACCUCCAACGCAAGCAGAAAGGAGAACAGCAGAACGCAAGGCCAGGGGCUGAAGCGCUUGCUCACCAAAGCAGCAGGGGGCGCUCUGAGAAGGUGAAACCUCUUGUGGUCGAUGAGAAAGGGAAAUGCAGUGCCUGUGGCUCUUACAUCACCAAUGUGGCAGCCAAUCAGAACCCAGAUAACAAAUUAAGCCCAACUGGGAAUGCCAUGCCUCAAAGCUGCGACGUCCCUCAGGAAAGCAAAAAUCUAGCCCAGGCCAGUGCAAGCAAAGAGCUCAGCACGUGCCAGGAGGACUCACAAACAAGGACUCUGGGUCCCAAAGGAACCCCAAUAUGGAUCCUUCCUUCUCGGCAGCGCGUUUACACAGAACGGAUCAGGGAGACUUAUAUCGGAGAAGUGACUUGCAUAGAUGAGGUGGAUUCGGCUUUAGACAGCGCCACCGACACGUCAGACAGCUAUAGGACAGAUAGCGAAGAGACUGGAAGCAACAGCUGCCGGGCAGUGGACAAAAAGAACUAUCAUUGUAGCUCUUCUUGUGAUCCUAAGGUUCUUUGUCCUUCAGAAAAGAACAGGAAGGCUGAGCGGGAGAAGCACAGAGUGAACGGUGUCUGCGGUACCAGCGGGGAGAAGAUCUGGGACAACGGGCCCGGAAUUAGUCAAGCAAAGAUCCAUUCAACUGCGAACGAGGUGUGCAAUUGUAACUUGAAGGGGGCUUGUGAGGUAAGAGGGCAGGUGACCAAGAGGGCAGCCAAUGGGGUGGAGACCUUCCUCGGAGUUGACCAGCUCGUGGAUCAGUUUCAGCUGGUCAAGAAAGGCAAGGGCCAAGGGCAUGCCAGGACAGCCAAAGUUCAUUUGAGGCAGCCUGUGCUCGCCAUUUACCCCCAGCAGGUGCCUUCCCGUUUGGUCCCUGGGGGCGCGACGGAUUCUCCGAACGGGAAACCGACGGAAAGCUCUGAUCACGCUCCUCGGCCAACCAACAACUUGAGCCAAACUGCACCGUUAGCAGGUUCAUCGCAGCAAUUAGCAAAGCAAAUGGCGGUGGGCUACAACCUAGUGAACCGGGUGCCUGUGCCCCCCAGCACUGGAAAAGCCCUCUCGUCCUCUUUGCCUUACAGGAGGGCUGUCUCGAUGGGCAACUACAAGCCUGCCAAUCAGGACCCUGGGCUCGCGGAUUCGGCCAAAGAACCAUUGGUUAACUCUACUUCCCCCUAUAGUUUCCAGGAAAAAUGUGUGUCUGGGCUGCAGGAGCAGUGUGACUUGCAGCCAGGUCCCAAGACGCUCUCCAAGAGUCACCUGCUGGCCUUGUCCACCAAUAAUUGCAAUAACACACAGGCCAAAGGUCAGCCAGAAGCCUCAGUGACUGCUGCGGAAGAAGACAGUGAGGGGUAUCUCCAGGACAUCCAGAAGUCGGACAAGAGCAAAGGUCCAUUGUCCCCAUCACGCGUUGCUCCCCCCGCUACUCCCGAUGCCAUCAGUCCCACGGCCAUCGCUCUCUCCCUGACAGCCAAGGAGGCCGACACCACCACCUCCGCUCAGUCACACGGCAGGGAAGCUGCAAAAGUGGAGGCCCAGAAGACCAAGCCAGUGCGACCAAAUACAGUCCAAGGCAAACUCUUAGAAACCUACCCAGAGGCAAAUAAGAAGCCGUUUGCCAAGAAAGGGGGCACCUCCACCUCUUCCUCCUCCUCCACAUCUGGGCUAAAGAAAUUCUUCACCUCUUUGAGCCAGAGCACCAAGCAGCGGUUGGGCAGGUUUCACUGCUACAGCAUGGAACAGAUCUUUACCACAGGGGCAGACACUUCAGUGGCACCCGAGGAAGCAGGUGCGGGCACCGUGAGCUCUCCCAAAAUGAAGAAAGCACCUUCUCUGCAGUCCUUGCGGCUGGUGUCACCCUUCAACCAACCAUGGAAAUCCUCUUCUGUUCAAAAUCUGCAUUCCCUGUUGGGCAAGACUGACCGGUCCAGCCUCUACCAGCCAGGGGAACCAAAGGAUGGAAUGUCUACGCCUGACGGGAAAGGGGGUGCUCAUCCCAGGCGUUCCCUCAGCGUCGAAGACAUUGGCUCCCCCAACUUGGCAAGAACCGUUGGACGGGUGGUAGAGGUCUUCCCCGAUGGAACUAGCCAACUAGAACUGCUGCGGCCCCCACAAGGUACCUUCGGAUUCCGUGUCUCCUCAGGAAACAGGCGCCCUGAUACAGGCAUCUACGUGCAGGAGAUGGCAGACGCGAGCACGGCUAAACUCUACGCUGGGCUUCUGGGAGUCGGUGAUGAGAUCCUGGAGCUGAACGGUGCCAAGGUUGCUGGGCUGGGCCUAGCCCACAUCAACGAGCAGCUCUUGCGGGCAGACACCCUCUCGGUCCGAGUGCUGAGGCAGCGGCCCGUUCGGCGGUAGCAGAGAGACGGAGAGA